AUGUCCAGACCCUCCCUCAUCACCUUCACCCCAGCCACUGACCCCAGUGACUUCUGGAAAGAUGGGCAGCAGCAGUCACAGGCUGAAGAGCUGGAGCCUGCCUUGGAUGGGGCUGCGGCCCGGGCUUUCUAUGAGGCCUUGAUUGGAGAUGAGAGCAGCACCCCUGAACCUCAGAGACCACACCCUGAGCCUGUCAGGGAGAGGAAGAGGAAGAAGAGAAGACUGGUGAGAGAGACUGCAGCAGAAGCCUCAGGAGGACCUGGUCAGAGGAGAUCCCUUGAGGCUGAGGACAAGAUGACUCAUCAGAUACUGAGGGCAGCCCAGGAGGGGGACCUGGCAUCACUAAGGCGGCUGUUGGAUCCCCAGGAGGCAGGGGGCGCUGGGGGGAAUAUCAAUGCUCGGGAUGCCUUCUGGUGGACCCCCCUGAUGUGUGCUGCCCGAGCAGGCCAGGGGGCUGCUGUGCGCUAUCUCCUGGACCGGGGAGCUGCCUGGGUUGGAGUUUGCGAGCUGGGUGGCAGGGAUGCUGCUCAGCUGGCUGAAGAAGCAGGCUUCCCUGAGGUGGCCCGCAUGGUCAGAGAGAGUCAUGGAGAGACGAGGAGACCAGGGAGCAGGUCCCAAUCCCCGUCCACCCAGUACUGUGAGACCUGUGAUGCCUACUUCCAAGACUCUAACCACUGCACAUCUACCGCUCACCUGCUGUCACUGUCCCGCGGUCUCCAGAACCCCAGUCUGAACUUUGGGAUGCCUACCUCUAGCCCAGGCUUCAAGCUGCUGCUGAGGGCAGGAUGGGAGCCUGGAAUGGGUCUGGGACCUUGGGGCAAGGGCCGUGUCAACCCCAUCCCCACUGUCCUCAAGAGAGAUCAGGAAGGGUUAGGGUACAGAUCACCAUCCCAACCCAGAGUCACACACUUCCUGGCUCAGGAUACUCGGGCAGUGGCUGGGAGGGAGAGAGCCCCUCAGGCAACCACCCUGAGCCGAAGGGAGGAGAGAAGGCGGAAGGACAAGGACAAAGCCUGGGAGCGGGAUCUGAGGAUAUACAUGAACCUUGAGUUCUGA